ACCCCCGGGAUUCCACCCGGACCUCCUGGAUGCACUAACCCCUCCGGGAUGUCCCGGGAUCCCCGGUAUGCACCGACCCAACCCCGGGGUGUCCCGGGACCCGUGGGAUGCACCAAGACCCCAGGGAUCCACCGGGAUGCACCGAGACCCCCGGGAUGCACCGAAAUGUCCCGGGACCCUCGGGAUGCAUCGAGACUCCCGGGAUCCACCGGGAUGUCCCGGGACCCUCGGGAUGCACCGAGACCCUCGAGAUCCGCCGGGAUGCACCGAACUCCCCCGGGAUCCCCGGGAUGUACUUAGAUCCCUGGGAUCCAUCGGGACACCCCGAGAGAGCCGGUGCCCCCGGUCCUCCACGCCGCAUGGGGCGCUCUCUCGCCUCGCUGUAGCCACUCUUCGCUGGGGGACGCUCUGUCCCGUGUCCCCGCCUCUCCUCUCUGGGCCAAGAUGGCGGUGCCGGUAGCGGCAGCGCUGGAAGCGGAGGGCCCGGGGGAGCGCUGGGCACCGGUGGGCGCCGUGUCGGCGGCGGAGGAGGAGGAAGAGGAGGAGGAGGAAGAAGAGGAGGCGUCGGGCGGGUCGGUGCGGCGGUUGCGCGCGGAGCGGCGGCGGCUGCAGGCGGCACUGCUGGCGCUGGGCUCGCACUUCGCGCAGGUGCAGUUCCGGUUGCGGCAGGUGGCCCGGGCCGCUCCCGCCGAGCAGCGGCGGCUCCUCCGCGAGCUCGAGGAGUUCGCCUUCCGCGGGUGCGCGGGGCCCGCGCCGAGCGAGCGAGAGAAGCAGGAGCAAAUUGAGGUCCGGAAGGAGAAGCAGAGAGAGCUGAUCCUGCAGCUCAAGACGCAGCUGGAUGAUCUGGAGACAUUUGCUUACCAAGAGGGCAGCUAUGAUUCUCUGCCUCAGUCUGUGGUUAUGGAAAGACAACGGAUGAUCAUAAAUGAGCUGAUAAAUAAGCUGGACAUGGACUUGAGUGAAGAUGUCGCCACGCUCUCUCCAGAGGAGCUGCGACAACGCGUGGAUGCUGCCAUCGCGCAGAUUGUGAACCCAGCCAGGGUGAAGGAGCAGCUGGUGGAACAACUGAAGACGCAGAUAAGGGACCUCGAAAUGUUCAUCAGCUUCAUUCAGGAUGAAGUUGGAGGCUCUGGCAAGGCAGAAGAUGAGCACUGUGAGUGUGCAGGCAAAAAGGAGGGUAAUGGUUCCUACAAACCAAAUUCACGGCCUUCUGGAAACAGAGUGAGCCCAGAAGAUGCCAGGAAGAUGCGAGAAACGGGUCUGCACCUCAUGCGUCGUGUGCUUGCCGUGCUGCAGAUCUUUGCUGUCAGCCAGUUUGGUUGUGCCACCGGUCAGGUUCCUCGCAGCCUCUGGCAGAAGGACCAAGCCAGCCGGGACUAUUCCCCCUUGAUUAGGAAGCUGGAGCUGGCAGUGGAGCGGGUGAGGCAGCUCGCUGUGAGACACCAGCAGGAAGACCACGCUCUGGGUUCCCCUGGCCUGCAGGACGUUCCCUCGGGGGGCAGAGAUGAGCUGACCCUGGCCGUGCGGAAGGAGCUGACCAUCGCUUUGCGGGACCUGAUGGCUCAUGGGCUCUAUGCCUCCUCACAAGGAAUGAGCCUGGUUUUGGCACCCAUCGCGUGCCUGAUUCCUGCCUUCACCUCAUCUCCACAGGCCAUGCACCCCUGGGAGCUCUUUGUAAAGUACUACAACGCUAAGAAUGGACAAGCCUUUGUGGAAUCCCCGGCUCGCAAGCUCUCCCAGUCCUUUGCUUUGCCUGUGACAGGAGGAGUGGCCGUUACUCCCAAACAGAGCCUGCUGACGGCCAUCCACACUGUCCUCGCCGAGCAUGACCCCUUCAAGCGCAGCGCAGACUCGGAGCUGAAGGCACUGGUGUGUCUGGCGCUGAACGAGCAGCGCUUGGUCUCCUGGGUCAACCUCAUCUGCAAGUCGGGUGCUCUGGUGCAAUCCCACUACCAGCCCUGGAGCUACAUGGCAAACACUGGCUUUGAGGGCGCCCUCAACCUCCUCAGUCGCCUGAGCAACUUGAAAUUCCACCUCCCUGUAGACCUGGCCGUCCGGCAGUUGAAGAACAUCAAAGAUGCAUUUUGAUGUGGUUUUGUGGUAGUUGUUCUCUUUUCCAUGAGUGAGUAGCUGUGGGGCUCCAGAUGUCCGGCUUUUAUAGACCAACUUCGGCUCUUUGAAAUCGAUAUUUGCUUUUAGGGGAAUCUUAAUGGUGUUUGAUGCUGGAAAUCGAUGUUUUACAAAGCUGCUCCCUGUGCACACCUCGCCUGCCCCUUGCACGCUGCUCGGAGGAGCAGAACUGCCCCGCUGGCAGUGCCGGCGUGGGGCUCAUGUGGGGCUGGUGCCCCAAGUGUGGCAGAGGCUUGGAAAGGCACCUGGAAAAGCCCCUGGGAAUGUGCAGCUCAGCUCCUGUGCUGUGUCCGUGUGGUUAUUCAAUUUGUGCUCAGAAUACUGCCCCUUACGAGAGGUGGGUGGCUGCUUCUGGGCCAUCCCAGGGUUGGGAGUGACGUGGGUGUGGGAUCUGCAGAACUGUGGGGACUGCGCUCCACCAGUGGUGUUGUCCGGUAGUCCUGGAAUUCUGUCAGGAGUCUGUGCAGCGGCUGGUGCGCUGGCAGCCUGGUGUUCCACUGGGGGACGCAUUAAAUCGCUUUGGCAAGUGUUGUGUGGGAAGAGGCUGCCCUGGUUCCUGUGUUUUCAUUUGUGCCCAGCGCUGGCUCAGUGCUGUGGUUCUGCUGUCUGUAACCAGGGUGGGAAUUGUCUGGAAUUCCCGCUGGGAUGGGAGCUUGCUCUGCGCUGGGUGUGACAGCACAGCCCAUGCCUGCUGCAGCACAGCCCAUGGGCUACGGGGAUCGGCCAGGACCCACGGGGGUUUGGAAUCAGACGGAAUUGGGGACUGGUCAGGAAUUGGUGAGGAUCGGCUGGGACUGGGCAGGAGCCAGGAAUCAGACCAGAAUCUGCUGGAUUUGAUGACUUUUGGGUAUUGGGACCAUCCAGAAUCUGAAAUUGUCUGGGGUUGGGAAUCAGCUGGGAUGGGAGACUGGUGGGGACCAGGAAUUGCUUGGGACCAGGAACUGUCUGGGCUUGCGUCCACACCAGAAGAAUGGGAUGUCAUCCAGAGGGACCUGGGCAGGCUGGAGAAGUGGGGCUGUGAGAACCUCAGGAAGUUCAACAAGGCCAAGUGCAAGGUCCUGCACCUGGGUUGGGGCAAUCCCCGAUUUCAGUAUGGGAUGAGGGAUGAUGUGAUUGAGAGCAGCCCUGCGGAGAAGGGCUUGGGGUGCUGGUCAAUGAGAAGCUCAAGAUGAGCCAGCAACAUCUGCUCGCAGCCCAGAAACCAACCGUGUCCUGGGCUGCAUCCAAAGCAGCGUGGCCAGCAGGGAGGGAGGGGAUUCUGCCCCUCUGUUCCUCUCUUGUGAGACCUCAUUUGGAGUAUUGUGUCCAGUUCUGGAAUCCUCAACGUAAAAAGGAGAUGGAGCUGUUGGAAUGGGUCCAGAGGAGGCUACAAGGAUGAUCCGAGGGCUGGAGCACCUUCCCUAGGAGGACAGGCUAAGAGAGCUGGGCUUGUUUAGCCUGCAGAAGGCUCCAAGGAGACCUUAGAGCAACCUUACAAUUCCUGAAGGGUUACAAGAAAGCUGUGGAGAGGCUGUUCACAAAGGAUAGGAGGAGGGGGAAUGGGGAUAAACUGGAGAGGGACAGGUUUAGGUUUGACAUAAGUAAGAAUUUCUUCACCAUGAGAGUGGGGAGGCCCUGGCCCAGGUUGCCCAGAGCAGUGGUGGCUGCCCCAUCCCUGGAGGGGUUCAAGGCCAGGUUGGAUGGGCCUUGGGCAGCCUGAGCCAGUGGGAGGUGUCCCUGCCCAUGGCAGGGGGUGGAACUGGAUGAUCUUUAAGAUCCCUUCCAACCCAAUCUACUCUAUGGGUCUGCGGGCAGGGGCUGGGUGCAG